CGACGAGAUUGCGAUCAGAGAGAGCAAUCGGCUUCUUUUCCCUUUUCUCCUCUCAGAUUCAAACUUUGCUUCGUAGGUGGUAAAGGCGAUGGCAGAUUAUCAUUUCGUGUACAAGGACGUCGAAGGAACAUCGACGCAAUGGGACGAUAUCCAGCGGAAGUUGGGGAAUCUCCCGGCGAAGGCUCCGGCAUUCAAACCGCCGGCUUAUACUCCGGCACAAGAGGAGUCUUCAGCUCCUAAGGACCAGGCAUGGUUAAAUGAAAAGACGGAGGAGGAGCUUGAGGAUCUUGAGGACGACAGAGAUCUCGACGAUGAUCGCUUCCUCGAAGAAUACAGGAAGAAGAGGUUGACAGAGCUGAGAGAAGCUGCUAAAGUUAGGAGGUAUGGAUCAGUGACUCCCAUCUCGGGCUCUGAUUUCGUGCGGGAGGUUACGCAAGCUUCUGCUGAAGAUUGGGUUGUUGUAUGCCUCUACAAAGAUGGUUUUGCAGUGUGUGGCUUGCUUUUGGGCUGUCUAGAUGAACUGGCUAGCAGAUACCCGGCAACAAAGUUUGUCAAGAUUAUUUCCACUGAUUGUAUCCCGAACUACCCUGAUUGCAAUCUUCCUACCUUGCUGGUAUACCACCAUGGUGCCGUUAAAGGAACACAUGUAGGCAUGAAGAGCUUUGGUCGUAGGUGUACCCCAGAGAGUGUAGCCUUAGUUCUGUGUCAGUCAGAGCCAGUUCUUAACGAUGGCAAAAGUGGAGACGAUGACUCCUCAAGGGAAGCUGUGAUGGCUGGAGUUCGAAGACAGUUCAUAGAACGAGUGGUGAAAGACCACGAAGAUAAGGAUAAUGAUGAUGAUGGUUACAAUAGCGAUUAGAACUUCAAAGGUUCUCUACUUGUCUCUGCUGGUUAUUGCUUGUUUGCGUAACUUUGCGUUUGUAACUGGUAAAACAAAAGUGUCGGCUUCAUCUGUGAUGUAAUGCUUUUUAAAAAUCCUCAUGUUUUUUUAAAAGAGACUGGAAAUUCAUGCUGUUUUUAAUAUCCAGGUCCUUAUCA